AUGCGCAGCAUGAUUGGUCGGAACCUGAUCAAUCCGGAUCCCUCCCCCCCAGUGACUCGAUCCCCGAAGGAAUUAUCCUACAAUAACCCAUCUGAAAAAUCAUCUCCUGGCCUACUCCCUCUCCCCAGCAUGUCAAAAUCACUCUUCGGUCCCACCACUACUAUCAAACCCGAGGGUACAUCGAAGUUGCCCGUCCGUGAUGUCACCAUUCCGAUAGAAUCUAAGCUUGUGACAUCCAUCUCUCAAUUACUCGACCAGCUGCUUCCCGUAACUUCAAAGUCGGCUCCUGUUAUUAAUACCGCUUCUUCCGAAAAUCCUUUCGUCGCUGCCAUCAAGGAAGUCCAGAAUAGAGCUCGUACGCAGAACGAUGCAGAGGCCUAUGAGUCCACUACAUCUGCCACAUUAGAUGCCUUCAGUGGCCUUAACGCAAAUUCUACUGGUGAAGAAAUCCAUCAGGCGCUCGCGAAGAGUUGGGAAGAAUCUCCCGAGGUCACCCUCCGGAUAAUCUGGAAUAUGCGCUCUAUCCACGAGGGUCAUAGCAAUAAGCUCGGAUUCUACCGCGCGUUUGGGUGGUUGUACAAGUAUCACCCUCGUACCGCCAUCGAAAACUUGCGGUUUGUUACUGAGCGGCUCUGUGAACGUAAAAUCAAACGCAAGUCCAAAGGGCCCAGGGGUGGAGAUGACGAUUUCGAAAUAGUUCAAGUCGAGGAGGGGGAGGUUGAUAAAAUCGCCAAGAUGCCCCACGGGUACUACAAGGACUUGCUCAACAUUGUGGUUUUGGCGAUGCGUGGAGAACUCACAAACUCUGCCCUGGACAAGUUCGAUUCGUUGAACGUUCCCUUGAUAAAGCACAAGACUCGUACCAAGAAAGAGUGGGAGGCUAUCAAGGCAUCUAAGGAAAAGCAAAACAAAGAACUUGGAGUAGAAACAGCCAAAAAGCAACGUGAGGAAGAAUCGCGUCAGACUGUGGCGGUCCAAUCGGAGAAGGCGAAGGAAGAAAGAAGGGGAAGGCGCGACGCCAACCAUGCGCUGUUAAAGGAGAAACUCGAACACGACAAGUCAUUCCUAGCUUUGUAUGUUGCGGUUGCUCAGAUUUUUGCUCAAGAGCUUGGAAAGGAUAUUGCAUUGCUAAAGAGGAUCGAAACCGCGUCGGAAGAGGAGGCAUUUGACUUGAAGUUUGAUAUUAGUAGCGCUGCUAAAUGGGCCCCAUCACUCGAUGGCGCUCACGAUCGUCCUACCAACUUGGCCACGGCAAUUGCACUUGUUAUGCACUCUCAAGGAAAGUUCGACGAGCUGACCCUUUCAAUCAACGGCCCAGUAACCCAGGAACAAGCCCAAAUACUUCGAAGCUACUACCGACGUUGGGUCAUUUCGCCUCUGCGGAGAUUUGUAGAUGUGGCCGAAAUCAAGAUGAGCUCGCAGCAAUGGGACAGAAUAAAUUAUAAACACGUACCUUCCCAGUGUAUGAAGAAGAACAAGGCUCAUUUUUUCAAGCACGACGAAAAGCGCCUGACCAACUAUCUCGCGGAUGUGGCUAUGGGAAAAUCCAAGAUAAGCGGUGCGACUUUGCUGCCGCACGAGCUUUUGAUCGAAGCGUUGAAAGCCAGCCGGACGGAAAUUAGCGGAAAGGAAAACUCACCAGAGAAGGCGGUUCAGCAAGAAAUUCAACGACGACUCGAAGAGACCAAUAAGAAGGUCAUCGAGGCACAGUGGAACUCACUUCUCGAGAGAAUGAAGGAGUCGGGGGCACUCGACAGCUCGCUUGCAUUGGUGGAUGUUAGCGGAUCCAUGGGAUAUAUCGAAGCCACGCCCCCGAAAACCCAAGGGCCGAUCCAGCCCAUUUUCCCUGCCGUGGCUCUCGGUCUUGUGCUGGCCGCUCUUGCUAAACCUCCAUUUAAUAACAUGUUCAUUACAUUUUCUGCCACACCGGAGCUUCUUACCAUUCCUCCUGGUGGUAUUGUGGACCAGGCUAGAUGGAUGGUUCGUACUGAUUGGGGGAUGAACACGGACUACGAAGCGGUGUUCCUCAAGUUGAUUUUACCUGCUGCCAUCAAGAACAAGGUCAAGCCUGAAGACAUGGUCAAGCGUCUUUUCGUCUUUUCUGAUAUGCAAUUCGAUGAGUCUUUGUCGAGCUCCUCCAACGGCAAUGCUUGGGAGACCACUCACGAUCGUGUGUCCAAAGCUUUCAAGGAGGCAGGUUACGAAAUUCCGGAGAUGGUUUACUGGAACUUACAAAGCGGCACCACGAAACCGGUGCUUAAAGAUACUCCAGGAACUUCUCUUAUUACUGGGUUCUCUGCCAAUAUGAUGAAGCUCUUUAUGGACGGGGAGAGCUUGGAAGAUGAAGCGGUCGAGAUCGGUCCCGAUGGUGAAGAAGUUCAAAAGAAAAGGAAAGAUCCGCUAGACAUAAUGGAAAAGGCGCUUUCCAAAAACUGCUACGCACCACUAAAAGUUUUUGAUUAA